CGAAGCCCUAGACGCCUGUACCCCUGUUCCUUUCCCGGCCGCCGCAAAGCCUGCGGUUCUAGGAAGAUGCGGCUUCCCGGAAGGGCUGGGACGCAGCGGACAAAAGAUUAGGAGGCGCCUGGCCCCGCCCCGCCCGCCCAGCCCGUCCCCCACGUCCUUCCAGGCUCCUCGCGCCACAGCCUCUCAGUCCCUGACCGCCGCCCGUGCGCCCCGGGACCCUGACCUUCGCGCCCUCGGGACUCACUGGCUCCCUUCUGCCUCCGUCCCACCGAGCCCCGACUCCUCGAGCCGCUGUUGCCUCUGGGACAUGGUCCUUUGCGUACAGGGAUCUUGUCCUUUGCUGGCUCUGGAGCAAAUUGGGCAGCGGCCUCUGUGGGCCCAGUCCCUGGAGCUGCCUGGGCCAGCCAUGCAGCCCUUGCCCACUGGGGCAUUCCCAGAGGAGGCAGCAGAGGAGACGCCUGUCCAGCCAGAGAGUGAACCAACGGUGCUGGACCCUGAGGAGGACCUGCUGUGCAUAGCCAGGACUUUCUCCUACCUUCGGGAAUCUGGAUGGUAUUGGGGUUCCAUCACGGCCAGUGAGGCCCGGCAGCACCUCCAGAAGAUGCCAGAGGGUACAUUCCUAGUACGUGAUAGCACCCACCCCAGCUACCUGUUCACGCUGUCAGUCAAAACCACCCGUGGCCCCACCAACGUACGCAUCGAGUAUGCCGAUUCUAGCUUCCGACUGGACUCCAACUGCUUGUCAAGACCUCGAAUCCUGGCCUUCCCAGAUGUGGUCAGCCUCGUGCAGCACUAUGUGGCCUCCUGUGCUGCUGACACCCGGAAUGACAGUCCAGAUCCUGCUCCCACCCCAGCCUUGCCUCUACCUAAGCAAGAUGCACCUGGUGACUCAGUGUCACCUAUCCCCAUGGCUACUGCUGUGCACUUGAAAUUGGUACAACCCUUUGUGCGCAGGAGCAGUGCCCGAAGCUUACAACAUCUCUGUCGCCUAGUUAUCAACCGUCUGGUGGCCGACGUGGACUGCCUACCACUGCCCCGGCGCAUGGCUGACUACCUCAGACAGUACCCCUUCCAACUCUGACUGAACCAGGCAUCCUGCCCUGCCUCACACAGUUAUAUC